UGAUUUCCGGUAUUAAGCGUUUGGAUUUUCAGGUUCCAUGAAGUGUUUGUUAUGUGUGUGCGUGUGUGUAUGAGUGUGAGUGUGUGUGAGAGUUUGUAGUGUGCUUGUAACCGUUCCCAGCUCGGAUACUGUCACCGCCUUGCACCGCAGGCAGGCACCGUGUUCCUACAUGCAAGUUACCGUCGCGGCACCACAAUCGUUGGCCAGCAAUGACCGAAAGCCCCGCGACCAAGCCAGCCAACGGGGACGUGUGUCAGCGUGUGAAGAACGGACUGAAACCGGACAGGAACGGCUUGCUGAAGAGCCUCCACCGCUGCCAUGAGCAGCAGCCCAAGCACCACUGCCACCCCGAAGAGGAGGAGGAGGUCCAUGCAGCAUCACAUCAUGGCAGCCUGUAUAACCGGUCCUUCAUUGAGUCUUUCGAAGAGACGCCCAUGCUGGUGGCAGUGCUUACCUACAUGGGCUAUGGCAUUCUGACCAUCUUCGGCUACCUCCGCGACUUCCUCCGACACUGGAAGAUCGAGAGGUGCCACAUCGCCAGGGAGAAGGAGGAACAGAAGGACUUUGUGCCCCUCUACCAGGAUUUUGAGAACUUUUACACCAGAAACCUCUACAUGCGUAUAAGAGACAACUGGAACAGGCCCAUAUGCAGCGUCCCGGGGGCCAAAGUGGACCUGAUGGAGCGAUCCUCUCGUGACUACAACUGGACUUUUGAGUACACGGGUCGGGUAGUGCAUGAUGUGAUUAACUUGGGCUCAUAUAAUUACCUCGGCUUCGCUGAGAACACCGGCCCAUGUGCUGACUCUGCAGCAGAGGUCACUAUCAAGUAUGGCGUCGGAGUUGCGAGCACCAGGCAGGAGAUUGGUAACCUGGACAGACAUGAGGAAAUGGAGAAACUGGUGGCUAAGUUCCUAGGUGUUGAGUCAGCCAUGGCGUUUGGGAUGGGGUUUGCAACAAACUCCAUGAACAUACCGGCACUGGCUGGCAAGGGCUGUCUGAUUCUGAGUGAUGAGCUGAACCAUGCCUCUCUGGUCCUGGGAGCCCGACUCUCCGGGUCUACCAUCAGAGUCUUCAAACACAACAACAUGCAGAGCCUAGAGAAACUGCUGAGAGAAGCCAUAGUUCACGGGCAGCCCAGGACUCACAGACCAUGGAAGAAGAUCCUCAUAGUGGUAGAGGGCAUUUACAGCAUGGAGGGCAGUGUAGUGCGCCUGCCAGAAGUGAUUGCCUUGAAGAAGCGCUACCGGGCCUACCUUUACCUAGACGAGGCCCACAGCAUAGGGGCCCUGGGGUCGAGAGGGAGAGGUGUGGUCGAUUACUUCGGCCUAGACCCCUGCGAUGUGGAUGUCAUGAUGGGUACAUUUACCAAGAGCUUCGGCGCUGCGGGGGGAUACAUCGCAGGGAAAAGGGAGCUUAUUGAGUACCUGCGCUCCCAUUCCCACAGUGCGGUCUACGCCACCUCCAUGUCUCCUCCUGUGGUGGAGCAAAUCAUCACUUCUAUGAAGUGCAUUAUGGGAGAGGAUGGCACAACGAUCGGCCUUAAACGCGUGCGACAGCUGGCAGAGAACACAGUCUAUUUCCGCAAGAGGCUUCGAGAAAUGGGCUUCAUCAUCUACGGCAACAUGGACUCGCCUGUCGUACCCAUGAUGCUCUACAUGCCCGCCAAGAUAGGAGCUUUUGGCAGGGAGAUGUUGAAGAGGAACAUCGGGGUGGUGGUUGUAGGCUUCCCAGCUACACCCAUCAUCGAGUCCCGGGCGCGCUUCUGCAUCUCAGCCGCCCACACAAAAGACAUGCUCGACAGGGCGCUGAGCGUCAUCAGCGAGGUAGGAGACCUUCUUCAGCUCAAGUAUUCCCGACACAGAAUACAGCCGUCUUUGGCGCGGCCCUUUGACAAUAAUGUGUAUGAGGACAUUGACGACUGAUGAACCGCUCCUCUCCUGAAGUGGCAUGAACCUGAACAACCCCAGAAAAUACAGAACGGGUCAAGAUGGAUCACAAGUCUUCCACAAGGACCGAGACGUGCACAGGUGCCCCUUGUCACUAGCUUGCCAUAAUGUAACCCCCCUCAACAAAAGGAAAAACACUUAAAACUAUUCUCUAAUUCUACUUUGCCUUACCUAAACAUGCUGAACUUGCAGUGAACACACUGAAAAAACAGCACGUCUGCUUUUUCCUGUGUACUUUUAUUACAUUUUAUCAUUUCAGGUCUAAGAAUUUUCUUUAUUGACUUGUAAGUGUGUAUGUCUGCAGUGCUCGUAGCACUCGCUGUGUUAAGCCUUGUGUAUGUGAAGUGGACAAUGUCAACUUUCCAAAUGUCUCUGAAAUUGUGAGCUGCUGGUUUUUUCUUUGUUUUGGGCGGGGGGGGUCAAAUAUGGAUCUAAACUGAACUUUAAUGGGGUAAAGGUUUAUCACUCGUAAACAUUAAUCAAAAGAACAAGACAUGUUUGUUCAUCCAGUCUCGUUCAGAUCAGUGGCCAAAAAAUAGAAAUCACUGGAUGUUGCACAGUGACCACAUUUCAUCCUUGUCUGUCUGUCAGUAAGAUAACUUUAUUUUAAGGAUUAUGUAAUUAAUGAUCCAAAUCUGGAUGUUUUGCAAUUUGCUGAUUUUAUUGUUUUUUUGUUUUUUUUUUUUAAUUCUUAAACAUUACAACCCCAACAUCCACCUGGCAUUGCUUUGGGACUUGUUUUUGGUGGCAGUGCACAUUCUACAUGACGACGUCUGUUUUUUUUUCUCUCCAGGAAGUAGGACUAGUGAAAAGUAAAAGCCCUGCUAAUUCCAGCAGGGAUUUUUAGACGUGGAGUCAAGUCAGGUUCAAGGAGCAGUACAAACCGUACUGCUUGACUUGAGCCAACUGAAAUUGUGAUUGACAUUACAUUGUUGUCCAUCCUUGGUUCUUCUAGACAGGCUAAAAAUGUAACAUCAGAGUUAAACAUGGCAUUUUCAUCAACAGUGGUAUUGAUGAAGCACUACAAAAUAUGCCAAAGUUAGAUGACGUUGAACAGCAGAUCAUUACCCUAAACAGUGAAUGCAGUGACAGAAAUAGUUUGGCAUUUUGGGAAAUAUGCUUUUUCCUUUUCUUUAUCCUUAGAGUUAGAUGAAAAAACGAAUACCAUUCUGCUGUCUGUAAAGUAAAUAUGAAGCUGCAUCCAGCAGGUGCUUAGCUUAGCCUACCCUGAAGGGACAUCGUUCUAGCCAGUAACUCUCCAUAAAACCACACAUUUUUAUUUUCACAUUUUGGCUUCUGUACCAAUUAAACAAACGCCUUCCUCUGUUUCCAGUUAUUUAUGCUAAGCUAAGCUAAUUGGCCAUACAGGUACAAGAGUGGUAUUGAUCGUCUCAGCUAAAACAAAAACAAAACACCCAAAAUGUCAAACUAUUCCCUUUAAUUCAGGUCAGUGGGAUGUUAAAUGUCUAAUGCUUUCUGCAGCAAGCUAAUGUACUUAGUAUAAUUAGGAUUCAUAAAAGCCAUGAAAAACCCAUGAAAACAAAAAGUCAUGAACUACAGCUUGAGAACUUUAUCUGCCUAAACUAACACCAGCUCUGGGUCGGUAAAAAGUGCCAAAUGGAAAUGGAGUCGAAGUACUUGUGAGCAUGUCAUUAACCAUGUUAUUGUAGCAUAAGAAAGUAAAUUGCCCACACACAGAGGAAUAUCCCUAUGCUGCAUAUCUCCAGCAAUCAGAUAUCAUAGCAUUUGCUAAAUCUAUCAAAAUAAUCCAACAUAUCUGGAUACAUUCCAAAUGCAAAAUGUAAAAGACUAUUAGUAAUGUAACACUCACAAAAUGGACAGCUAAUUAGCCAGAUUGCAUCUUUUGUUGGGUAAUUAAAUUAUCCAUUUGGAUAUUUUUGUUGUAUCUCCAUUAAUUAUAGUAUUUUGUCUUUUCCAGUGGCAUCAUUCAAGUAAAUUGAAUUGAAUUAUAACGUGUAGGAUUAAGUAGUGUCUAAUGGUGUAGUUGCAGAUUGCAACUCCCUCAUUUCACCCCCCCUUCCGAUCGCGAAGGAGAAAAUACAGUGGCCGUGCAAUGCGCAAAAAACGCAAACAGCCAUAUCUAGAGCCAGUGUUUGGUUUGUCCAUUCUGGGCUACUGUAGAAACAUGGUGGUACAAUAGCAAUGGUAGCCUCCAUGGAAGGUGACCUAAAAAGCUGACUAAAAACAAUACCUGUUACGUUACCUUUAUGAAUGGUAACUUAAGAAAGCAACAUUGUAAUUGAAACGACUAAAUCACAGCUGCUGUAAAAGAAUGGAAAGAAAUGUCUGAACUUUGAGUAGGGAAUUUAAUUCCUAAUCGUCUGUUACUCAUUCAUUUGGUCAGCCUCAUGUUCCCACAGCUAUGUUAGAUAUCACCAUUAAUGCGUGAUAGUAUGUGUUGGUACUUGACCAGCUUAGUGUGUUUUUGUACAGUUUAAUGUAUCACGGACGACCUCAAAGAUCAAGUUUAACAUGACUCGCAGCCUAUGAGGCCAAAAGUUGUCAAAUUAGUCUUUUUUAUUCAAAGGCCAAUUUCUGCCCAAUACAAAGUCCAGUGUAUUGGCAUCAAAGCUCCAGUUAAAAGCUAAAGUCUAAAGGGUCAGUUUAGUUCAGGAAGUGUAAAAAAGUUAAAUUAUAUUUAGAUACUUAUAUCUUCAGGCCAGACAGGAGAAGAUCUAACCUAGUCUGGAUGUGAUUCAGCACCAUUUGUAAUAUCCUUCAUUUCCACCCUAUCUCUUGGGUGCUUAUAAGUAAUAACCUUAUUGCUUUGUGUUUGAUAACACUGUUUUAAUGCCUUGUAAAGCAAAGUGCUAUCUCUGUGCUGUGACUCAAAAGUCAUUAAUAACUUAAAUCAGUGUGACUGGGGCUCGGAUUGUGGGCUUGCUUGCAUGGUUUCGGGCAAUAAUGUGUUCAUUACUGCACUUUUACCUUGCUUUUCUUCCGUAUACACACACCUGUCUUUUAAACUCUUGGUUUAUCUUUACAUUGUGCUACUGAGCUUUGGGACAACAACAGUCCUAAAUGAAGGCAGCUGUAAAAAGCAAAAGAAAAGAAAAAUCCCACAUGCAUACAUUCCCUCUUGCACGUAUGCACUGACAAGUAUUGUGUUACCACUCGUUCCUCAUACUACUGCAUGUACAGUAAGAGUUAGUCAUUGAAGCUGCUCCGCACCACAGCCGGUGGUGCUCAAUGAUAUACACUGUUCUGCUAGAUGUGAUUGAUUGAUUGUUGUCAUAAAAAUCCACUUCAUUCCAGAGAAAGUUAGUAUAUCUGUCUGGGCUCUCGGGAGAUUCUUCUUCUUUUGUUCUUUCAUAUUAAUGUUUGUCUGUUACUGUAAAUGAGAGGUGUUGGUGUUAUUUAGUUCCCUUACUGUAGAAAAGGUCUCAAAACCUGAAUCCUGGGAUUACCAAUGAUUGUCCAAUAGCUAAAAGCUAAGAGUUACAAUGUUACUCAUAGGUGCAGAAUGUCUUUUUAUGUAUUUUUAAGUUUGCACACAGGAAAGUCAUCAAAUGAUAAUAAAAGCAGGCAUUUUUUUAAAUAUAUAUAUAUAUAUAUAUAUAUAUAUAUAUAUAUAUAAAACCCCAAGACCUUAUGGUCUGAUGUCUUAAUGAUGCUAUUCUCAAUAUGAAGUUGAUCAAUACAGUACCAUCAAAAGUAUUGGUACUUGAUGAACAAUAACCAGAUAUUUACAACACUUUGAAGAAUAACGUAUUUGGUCUUGGAUGGUCUAUCCAUGAAAACUGCUGUACCUUACCAAGGGGAAUUAUUAAACCACUUUGGUCUUAAAAAAAGAGAUUCCCAAAGGCAGAAAAACCUUGAUGGCUUUUUAAGAUCUAUGAGCUUUCCUGGUGUAGGAUGAAAUAUAGUCCCAAUAUUUUGUACAAAGUUUAUAUUGUUUCAUUGAAAAGGAGCUAUUCAGAAUAUUUUGUUUACUAUAGGGUAAACCGGGAAUGAUGGUUAUCACUAUUACUGGCAGCGUUUGUUUUAACUGCUAGAGUGUGCCAAUAAUAGAUGCAAUCACUGCAAUGGUAGAGGGCAAGUUACCACACAUCAGAGAUGAUUAUUUUCUGAUAUAGUGCCUUUUGAAGCAUUUUCUAAGAAUUCUGAUUAUAGUAAGUGUCAUAACUUGUUCAUUUUUACAAUCUUAUUUGACUUCUUUUACUACUUUGUCUGCAACAAUAUUUAAAAUUAGCACUGGAUGUGUUCUCUAUGUUGACUAAUUGCCAUGCAUUUGAUCAUAGAAAAAUGCACAAUUUGCAACGUAUCAGCAAAUUAAUAAUAUGUAAAGUGUCACCUAUGUCAAUGGUAUCAGUAGGUCAUUAAAACAAUAAAAACAAAGCUGUUCUGAA